AGCUUGGUCUGUGGACAUACUUCCCUGGUGACUGCCUGAGUAAUCAGGCUGUUACUGCCAGCAGAUGAACAGGACAAUCCAGAAACAUACCAUAGAAAUGAACACACAAAGAUAUGGAAGCGCCUCUACUGAUACAUUGUGUACAGUGGAAAACUGAGCGAUAACAUCACAUAUCACUAAAGAAGGAAACUUUAUAAAAACUGUAGCAGUUUUUUAAGAAAAAAUUGAACGAUGGAAGUGGCACCACCCCAGUACCCGGGCAGAACUCACACGGCAAGCCAAACUGUUCCAGAGCAGCUGCAGCCGCCGCCGCCGCAGCCGCCGCCACAGCAGCAGCAGCAGCAACAAGAACAGCAGCAAAUUAUUCCCCAGAUUGGAAUGUGGUUGCAGACCACUGAAAAGCCUUACGAAUGUGAAGAAUGCAGUAAACGCUUUGCCCAGGAAAGCCAUCUCAAUAACCACAUAGUAUGGCAUCGAAAAGUAAAAAGGUUCGAGUGCGAGUUGUGCAACAAACGCUUUACCAUGGAAAGCCACCUCGACAGCCACAUGAUUGUCCACAGUGCUGAGAAGAAUUUCAAGUGUGAGAUGUGCGAUAAAAGAUUCACAAUGGAAAGUCACCUAAAUGGACAUAUGCUUGUUCAUAGUCAGGUCAAAAAAUUUGAAUGUGAAUUGUGUAACAAAAGAUUCACUAUGGAAACGCAUCUGAGAAGUCACAUGCUUACACAUGUGAAAGAGAAAAGAUUUGAAUGUGAAAAAUGUGGGAAGCGAUUCCUGCAGAAAAGUCACCUUAACAGCCACAUGAAUGCACACAAUGUUAUAAAGAAUUUUGAGUGUGGCGUAUGUGGCAAGAGGUUUGCUUUGGAAAUUCACCUCAACAGUCACCAUCUUAUACACACCAUGGAAAAAAAAUUUGAGUGUGCAGUGUGUAGCAAAAGAUUUACAAUGGAAAUACAUCUGAACAGUCACAUGCUCGUACACAGUGUGGAGAAAAAAUUUGAGUGCUUAAUUUGUGGAAAGAGAUUUUCAAUGGAGAGCCAUCUUAACAGCCAUAUGGUAGUACAUAGUGAAAAAAGGUUCGAGUGCGAGGUUUGUGGCAAGAGAUAUACACGAAAAAGUCAUUUGAACAGCCAUAAGUUUGUGCACAGUGAAGAAAAGAGAUUCGAAUGUGAAGUGUGUCGAAAAAAGUUCUUUCAGAGAAGCCAUCUGAGUAGCCAUAGAGUUGUACAUACCGAGGAAAAAAGGUUUGAGUGUGAAGAAUGUGGCAAACGAUUCAUUCAAGAAAUUCACCUUAAUAGUCACAUGUAUGUACAUAGUGCAGAAAAAAAAUUUGAGCGCCAAGAAUGGGCAGCAAACAGAGUGCCCCAAGAAAAUCACGUCAACGGGCACAAAUUUGUCCACAAUGACAUGAAAAGAUUCGAGUGUGAUGAUUGUGGUAAAAGAUUCUCUCAGGAAAGUCAUCUGAACAGUCACAGAUUUGUCCACACACAGGAAAAAAGUUACGGGUGUGAUGAGUGUGGAAAAGAUUUAGGCAGGAAACUCACCUUAUAAGUCACCAAUUUGUACACAGUGAGAAAAAGAGAUUUGAAUGUCCAGAGUGUGGGAAAAGAUUUACACAAGAAAGUCACUUAAACAGCCAUAGGUUCGUUCAUAGCGAGCGCAAGGGUGUUGAUUACGUCGAGUAUGCGAAACCAGCACCAACGCCAACGCCCGCUCCUCAGAAGAUCCACCAUAAUGGUCAUAACAGUCAUGUAGCAAUGCCCACUGAAAAGAAAGCUUUUGAAUAUCAAGACACUGUGAAAAUGUUCCCUCAGCAGCCAUAUCAGCCUCCGCACGCGUACGCUCAGUGGGAACAAGUUCGGACUUUGUGGUCAUUGUAGCCACAUGCCAGUGUUAAGGAACCUACAGACUCCUAACACUCAAUUAAAUGAGUAAUGAAUAUCGUGUUCCUCAUGAAAGAUAGAAAAUAUAAAGUUAGUUACAUAUGCAUUUGCACAGUUUUAUUAAGUUUGUGUGUAAUGUCAGAAGGGAACUUAGCCAUUAAUGCAGAAGCCUUAACUUGAAAAAUGUUUAUACCCGCAUUUGUUCUCUUGGUAUUUAUUCAUUACUUAGAAAUAAUCGUUUUUGUUUUUGUAUUUUGUUUAUAUAUUUUUGACCAGUAUUGUCUACACUAUCAUGCAAGUGAAAAUGUCGUACGUGAGAUGUGUGUUUCACGGUAUUAGGAAAAAGUCUGUCUGGGCAGAAAACGUUUAAGGAAAGGUUUCCAGUCCAAAUUCCCUUUUCAUACACAAUUAUUUUUAAUAUGCAGAUGUUUGUGUUGUUUCCUAAAUGUAACUUUUAAGCUCCAAGCUAUGCACCCUGUACAGUAGUGUUAGCCAUUAACCCGUAAACGGUCCAAACGUAUAUAUACGUUUUUUCAACAUUUGAAAGUAUGUAAAAAAAACUUAGAUCUACUUUCUUUUUUUUGUUAUAUUUGAAAAUAUGUAAAAAAAACAGAUCUACUUUUGUAGCACUACACAUGUGAACGUAGAUCUGUUCGGACCGUUUACGGGUUAAGGCUUCUGACUGGAAAUAAUUAUAACGAGUAACUAAUGUAUUUAUUACUGUAAUUACGCUAUUUUUUUGCAUAGGUACAGUAUAUGUACAUGUUUCUAUAUACACUGUACAGUGGAACCUGGGUUUUCGUAUGUCCUAGUUAUUCUCUAUAUUCUCUUAUGUCUACAGUUAUUCUCUAUAAAAUGUAUUUUUUGUUAAUAUUUUUGGGUGUCUGGAACUGAUUAAUUGGAUUUACAUUAUUUCUCAUGGGAAAUAUUAAAAAAAAUACAUUUUAUAGAGAAUAACUAUACAGUGGACCCCCGGUUAACGAUAUUUUUUCAUUCCAGAAGUAGUAUUCAGGUGCCAGUACUGACCGAAUUUGUUCCCUUAAGGAAUAUUGUGAAUUAGAUUAGUCCAUUUCAGACCCCCAAACAUACACGUACAAACGCACUUACAUAAAUACACUUACAUAAUUGGUCACAUUCGGAGGUAAUCGUUAUGCGGGGGUCCACUAUAGUUUUAUAUACAAACUAGGGCAUACGGAAACCCGGGUUCCACUGUAAUUGCAUAUUUGAGCCAGGGUGGGUUGACCUCUUAAUUCUGCCCCUUUGUUCUCAUUCAUUAUGGUUGAUUUUUAUAUAAUGUAUGUAUGUAUGUAGGCAAAAAUAAUAAUGGUAACAAAUUAAUGAAAUUCCAAGGACUUUCGUUUCUCACACUGUCGCUAUUCUUUGAUAAUAUGAGAGAUAAUGCAAGUGCUUGGAAUCUCACUAUUUUUUCACUUUAUUUUGAAUAUUGUGAUAUCACCUGUGUACUGUAAUCUUAUAGCACGUAUGUAUGUAUGUACUCGCCUAUAUGUGAUUGCAUAUGUAUAUAUGUAUCAAAGAAACAGGAGAACAAAGUUCUAUAGCCAUGAAUGUCACAAGUGAAUGCGUCAUCACUACAGAUAACCUGACAUACCAAUAGUGACACAUUGACUUCAGUCUAAACACACCCCUUCCAACCUUUCGUGUUAUGUUCCCUACUAGCCCUUCCAUCCAUCCCAUAUUUGUAAUUUUUUGGUCAACCUACCUUGCUCUGUCCUUUCAAAAUGAGAAAAACCAUCUCGACAAUUCUUUGAAUUAUACUCUUCAUGUAACAUCUAAUUUCUUUAUUCCUUCUCUGCAUAAUGUUUGCGUUGUACGAUGAUCUUAAACACGACAUAUCCAGCCUGCUCGCAGCAGUGUUUAAAAGACCAUGUUUAUUACCAAUAUAAAAGUGUUGGCACCAUUAAACAGGCUAGAGUAUUUUAUUUUAAUUUUUUUUUUUUUGUAUACAUCAGUGAAAUUCUUUCCACAGACAGCACCACUCAUCAUGCUUUUUUUUUUUUUUUUGCCCUAGUAUAUUCAGUUACAGCCUCUCCUCACUUAGCUAUGUACCCAUUUACCGACGACUCGGACUUACGACGGGCUCUCUAACCAGUAUGCAUACCUAAAUACAUGUAAUGUAUAUUAGAGCUGAUUUCCUCUAUUCUGUUUAUUACAGUAUACUACUGUAUAAACAUUUAAAAAUAUACUAAAAAUCUUAUAAAUGGUGCAAAGGUGACAUUAAAACAAUAUCAUUACCAUUAUGGUAUGCUCCUCGUUCAUUGACGAAUUCUUUGUCGACGUGGUAUUAGGAACGGAACUCCGUCGUUAAGUGAGGAGAGGCUGUAUUGGCGUCAUCUUUUAUGCAGUCAUCUGCCUACAUUCUCUCCCAAAUAUUGGAUCUAAAUUCAUUCACUUCCUCCAUGCUCCCUUCAAUCCAUUGUCCAGUCUUUCAUUGUUUAGAUAUUUCUUAUUCCCAUCCUGUUAUUCUGUUUCUGUUUACAUUCACUUUUCUCCUUUUGCACACACACCUACACUGUGCCACCAACCUUUGUAACCUCUCUUCCAAAUCUCCCAAAAGCACAGUGUCAUCAAAGACCAACUGUGACAGUUACCAUUUCAUAUAAUAUUUAUCAUUUAUUAAAUCCCUCAUAUCUCCCCAACACUAGUAUACAUUUUUUUACAACCAGGGGCAGUUCCGCAAGUUUUAUAGAAGACGGGGAAUAGGGAUAGCAAUCUGGUUGGAAGAGGCAGCUAAGGAACUUAGUUUUGAAGCAGGAUUAUUAUUAUUUUGAUUUGAGGCAUUAUGAUGGUAUUUUUGACCCUUUGUUGCUACUACUGUUUCUAACUUUUAGUUAUUCCUGCUUGCUAUAACUCAGUUUUUUAGCUACUUUUUCUAAACCACAGUAUGGUUUAAUAUAAAAAUCUGUUCUCUUUCUUUGUUGGGUUUAUGAGGGCCACUGACAGCAUAAACCAUAUUGAGCCUGGUUUCUCGAUGGUACAAGGAAAAAUUGUUGCCCAAGGCUGGUCACUGAGAGAAAAGGAACAAGAGUUCCUUUGUAAAUACAUAGAGAUAGAAACUUGAAGUUUCCAAUUAGAUCUGGUGGAUGCCCUUGCCAAGCCCCAGCAGAGAGGGACGCCCACACUCCCACCUGAGUUCAGUAACCGGCUUCCUACCAAAGACCGAUAAAGAAUUUUCCGCAGAGCAGAAAAAAUGGAGCUGGCUAAAAGUAAGCCGAUGAACAGGUGCCCCUCCUGUAGAGUGCCCGGUGGGCAAAAUAGACGAGGACAAGUGUCCCAGAGAGAACGGGGGAAAUUUGUGAUCGAUACUCAGGCAAGAGAGAGAGACGUCCACACCCGACGAAGGCUGGCGCAGAAGUCCCAAUCUAUUCUCUUUCCACAGUUAUUCAUUUAUUACAGUUACUCACUAGCAUUUAUCUCGUAUGCACUCUCCCACAUCUUUUAUCUUGACAUCACUCAGUGAUAGGGCAUCCAAAUUUUUUAAUUCAUAAUUGUAAUUUUUUCUUAAUAUCUGUAUAUCAGUACUGUACAUCCACAUUCACACACACACAUCCCUAUUUCAAAAUUUCCUAUUUCAUUUUGUUAUUACCUAUAAAAAAUUUAUUACCAACCCCUUUUUCCUGGCAUUUUACUCGCCUUUGGCAUAUUGUAUAUGUAGCUCAAUGAUGGGAGGAGAUACUUUACCCAUGUUCCAUAGAUAAUUAGCAAGAUGAUAGAAGAAUGUGAAUUGUUACAGAAAAUGCAGGAAAGUAAAUACAGUGGACCCCUGGUUAACGAUAUUUUUUCAUUCCAGAAGUAUGUUCAGGUGCCAGUACUGACCGAAUUUGUUCCCAUAAGGAAUAUUGUGAAGUAGAUUAGUCUAUUUCAGACCCCCAAACAUACACGUACAAAUGCACUUACAUAAUACACUUACAUAAUUGGUCGCAUUCGGAGGUGAUCGUUAUGCGGGGGUCCACUGUAUAAGUGUACACUGAAUGUAAGUAAGAAUUUGCAAAAUUUAUCUUUUGUGUUUCAUGAUCAAGAAAUAAAGAAGAGAUCAGCAGUGCUUAAUAAGCCUUCGUUUCACACACUAAAAAAUGGUAGGCCAGUGGCCCCUCGAAUUUCAUCAUCCCGUUUCUGUAUAUAAAACUAAAGUUGUUUUCUAUAAAAUGUAUUUUUUGUUAAUAUUUUUGGGUGUCUGGAAUGGAUUAAUUGGAUUUACAUUAUUUCUUAUGGGAAAUAUUAAAAAAAGUACAUACAGAAAAGGGAGGAUGAAAUUCAAGGGGCCACUGUACCUCCAUGCGUGGUUCCUGUCAGCCAGCCCCCUUCCCAUUUUUCUGUUUGGUUGUUUCUCACCAGGGCAGGCUGACCUGAAAAAAGAAACACUUUCACCAUCAUUCUCACUAUCACUGUCAUGCCAGAGGUGUGCAUAUAUGACAGUUUGGAUGUACCACCAAGCAGCAAAUAUCCCUAACCCCUCCUUCAGAGUGCAGGCACUAUACAGUGGAACCUCAGUAGUCAAGCAACUCUGUACUCGAACAAUUUGGUAUUCAAACACUUUGUUCAGUAAACAAAUUGCUCAGUAGUUGGCCGUUUGCUCGGUACUCGACCAAACAAACAUGACCUGCCAGAAGUUCGCUAUAAAGUACAAUAUUUAAUGUUUCUUCACUUUUUUUUUUUUUUUUUUUUUUUUUUUUUUUUUUGUGUGUGUGUGUGUGUGUGUGUGUGUGUGUGUGUGUGUGUAAAAUAAGUCACCAUGGGGCCUAAGGGAGAUAGUGAUAACAGCCAGCCAAAAAGAAAAUUGGUUGGGAAAAAUUCGUUCUGUACUCGGAUAAGCACUCGAACAGCCUUGCGGAACCAAUUAAGUUCAAGUGCCGAGGUUCCACUGUAUUUCCCACCCAGCCUCAGUUACUUAAAUGUCUUUGAUACUGCCAUUUAUUACUAAAUGACAGUGACUUUAAGGAAAACUCGACUAUCACCCAUUCUUUAGAUUUCUUGCUACAAAUGCAGGACAUUAAACUUUCAAAUAAUCCACCUAACAGCAACAUCACAAACGAUAUCUUCAGCAAAAGACCAAAGUUAGUGAAUAGCGAAGUAGCAAGUAUAAAGGUUUACUCUAAAUUUAUAUAACUUACGAAAUCUAUUUUCUGGCGUGUCUUCGAACUUUUUUCUAUUAUAAUUAUGUUCAUAUUGUAAAGCUGUAGACACUGCCAGUGGCAUAGUCUAAUUUUUGUUUAGCAUAUGUUAUUAAAACUCAUCAUUUUGUCAGUUAUAUAUAACCAAGCACUAAACCUGUAAGGGUCUUGGAAAGAGAGAUACCCACACUGUUUGCAUUCUGGCAACGCCACACGCCUUACUUGGUCUGCUUAUCAAAUUCUUUUUGGAUAUUUUUGCCACUCCAAGACUAUUUUAAAGUUAACUAGUAUAGAAUAAGAAUAACAGCGGUUAUUACCACAUUUACUUGAUUUUCUGAAGUUGUUGCGGUAUUUAUAUUUACCCUAAAUCAUUCUUUAUCUGAUUUUUUUUUAUUUUGACUAAAACUAUAAUCAUCAAAGACCAUGUUUGUACAGUACGUCACUUAUUUUUUAUAAUAUAGUAUUUAUCAAUAUUCAUUUCCAUUACCUAUUAUGUACUUUGUGUUUAAUUUCUUCAAGAUUGUCUACUGACAUUGCACAACGAACUUUUUUCUUUCUUUCAACGAACCGGCCAUAUCCCACUGAGGCAGGGUAACCUAAAAAAAAAAACAUAAGUUUUUCUUUUUAAAUUUAGUAAUUUAUACAGGAGAAGGGUUUACUAGCCCCUUGCUCCUGGCAUUGUAGUCGCCUCUUACGACACGCAUGGUUGGCUCUUUAUACAGAUUAAAUCACUGGGAUGAGCAGUUGUCCUCGUGAGUCUCCCACCAAUAAUAUUGAGACAAGCACUGACCCCUCCUGGCUAAGUGCUGUUACACUAUUUAUUUUAUUGGCACCUCUAGCAUCAUUGGUGUUCCUCUUGGGUAUUGUGGGCAAUAUCCAGACACACAAUGGAGUGGUGAAAAUAUCCAAAAAAUUUUGAUAAGCAGAGGAAAGACAGUGGUAUUGCCAGAAUGUAGCUGUAAACAGUGUGGGUGUCUGUCUUUCCAAGACCCUUAUAGGUUUAGUGCUUGUUUAUGAUUAUAAUAAUCUCUCUCCUCAAACACUAACCUUAUACUUAAUUUGGGUUGUGGGUUACCAAGAGUUUGUGUGAAAAUUAAUGAUAUUUUUUAGCUGCAAUUUCAAAAAGGUCGUUAGAAAAUUGCAUAUAUACUCUGAUUCAGUGUUAAUUGAGGGUUUAUGGGUGUGUGUGUAUAUAUAUAUAUAUAUAUAUAUAUAUAUAUAUUAUAAAACACACACACAUAACAUAAACACACAAUACACACAAAACACACACAUACACAUACACACACA